UAUAUAUAUAUAUAUAUAUAUAUUGACAUGUAUGAGAGGGUAUUUAUUUGUAUAGUGCCUUCUUCUUAAUUGUGCGCAAAAAUAUCUCUCUAAGGUUUUGUCGAGGAAGGAUAGAUAAUGGGGAGGAAGAAGGUAAGGCUAGAGCUCAUCACCAAUGAAUCCACGAGAAAGACGACCUUCCGGAAGAGGAAGGCGGGGCUGCUGAAGAAGGCGAACGAGCUCACGACCCUCUGUGGGGUUGAGGGCUGCGCGAUUGUCUAUGGCCCCAAUGAGCCCGACCCUCAUGUAUGGCCUUCCCGGGAGGAGGCCGAGCAGGUCCUCACGAGGUUCAAGAGCCUGCCGGCCAAGAAGCAGGCCAAGCAUAUGAUGAACCACGAGGAGUGCCUCGACAAGAACCUGAUGAUCCUGGAGGGGAAAGUCGAGGAAGGGGUGAGGCAGAACCGGGACCUCGAGCUGGAGAUGCUGUUGGACGAGCUGUUGGAGGAGGACGGGAACGACGAGAGGCUGAUUGAGAUGAUGAGCCUGGAGGACAUGAAGGACUUGUGCGGGUUCUUGGACAAGAGACUCGAGGAGAUCCCUAAGGACGAUGGCAACGACGGGUCCAGUCAUGUUGCCUCCUCGGAGAAUCUUGGCGAUGGCGAUGAGGAUGAAGACAUCGAAGAGGAAGAAGUAUCUGUGUCCGAUGAUUAAUGAACUAAUUUUCCGUGAGGAUCUUUGCUUAGUGAGAGAGAAUUCAUGGAAGUCAAUUGGGGAUUGGUGCGACUCAUCAUCAUCAUGAGUUCGGUCGAUUUAACUUGGUUCUUGUCAUUGAAUGUUUCUUUUUCUUGGGAAUAUAUGUAUAUAUAUAUAUGGACUUAUAUACAUUCAUUCAUAGCGAAAUUUUCUCAUUAUUGAGCAA